AUGUCACUCCCCUCCAGACACCUCCCCGAGAGGAGCAACUCCUCGCAAUCGAUCACGCUUCUGCCUGCUAAGGCCUACAUCCCACCAUCCUCCGCACGAGCCACCACUGAGUCAAGUAACCCUCUUAUCCAUGCCCACGUUGGAGAUGAAGCAAUGCCAACCGAAGAUGAGAUCAAAGACGCCACCACGAAAAGCAGAUCUUCUAGCACGACCACGGCCUCGAGCUAUGCCUCCAGCAAUGAUGACGAGAAGAAGGGCGUCCUUCCGCGGGCCGACGUGAAAGUUCUCCACGACUUUUCCGAUGAAAUUGUUGGGCAGCGCCCGGUAUCCCUGAUCGGCGCCAAUGAUGCUUCCACUAGUCUCCAAGUACCUUCUUGCAAACGUUUUCCGAAACCCCUUAUCGGUACUCCCCGUGGCAGCAAACGGGCGUGGGGAAUGUGGAUCGUUGUCGACGAAUCGCUUGACGGCUUGAUCGACCCCCUGCUGAUCCAUAGAAAUUAG